AGGAUCAACCAAGAAUGAAAAGUACACAUAUUCAUAGUUAAAAAUAACGGACUUAAGAAUGCCUUUGAUAGUAAAUGGUGAAGGUAGUCUUGCAGCGUCGUACAGAGACCGUGAUYUGGUUCAUCAGUUCUACGAGCAGCCCCAGGAACCAACAGAAACAACGCCAUUAAGCCCUCACAAAUCAGAUGCAUUCAAGCUUCAUCGGCGAAUCAAAAUGAGGAGAUUCUGUAUAGCAUGUUUAGUUUUAGCGGAAUUGUGUGAACGAUUUGCUUUCUACUGUAUUAUCAUCAAUCUUGCUCUGUUUAUGGACAACUUUGGAUGGUCCAUGUUUGCAUCAGCGUGUGGUGUCCUUGUCUACUCAUGUAUUGCUUGGUUUAUGUGCGCAUUAGGGGGUCUCGUUGCUGAUUCACGAUUUGGUCGAUAUUCUACUAUAGUAGCUGGGUAUUUUGUAUACUUUAUUGGUGCAAUUGCGUUGGUUGCGAUAUCAGUUUGGAUGGACAACAGAAAACAACAAACAGAGCCCGACGAAAAUCUCCCUAUACUACCCUGGUUAGCAGUUGUUUUGCUUUCCAUAGGAAUAGGGGAGGGGGCUGUAAAGGCAAAUUUGUCAACUUUUAGUGCUGAACAAUUAAGGGGUGAGCCUCCCAAUGGAUCAGGCAAAAGUCUGUUCAACUGUUUUUACUGGGUUGCUAAUGCAUUAUCACUUUGUUGUCUUGCUGGUGUUGGUUUUAUUCAACAGACAAGACUUGAGUGGAGUUCUGGGUUUACACUUGGAUUUGCUAUACCUGUUGGUUCAUUAACAUGCUCUGCUGCAGCUUUCCUUGCCAGUUCAAGAUAUUUUGUUGUCAAAGGUCCGCAUGGGACUGGGCUGAGAAAUUUUUGGUUGAUUGUCAAGCAGGCAUGGAACAAGAGGCAUGAUAAAGUUGAAAUCAGGGAGAUGGCAGUAGGGGCACAAAGACACCCUAACACAAGAAUGAAUUGGUUACAUAAGGCAACUGUUCAGUUUGGUGGAACAUUCCUUAAUUCUGAAGUACAUGAAGCUAGAGCUCUUGGCAAGUCUGUGCUGUUUUGUUCAGCACUCAUUCCAUAUUGGAUCAUCUAUUCUCAGCUUUAUUCAACAUAUUUGCUUCAAGGCCUACACCUAAUGUCUACAAUAAAUCAAUUCGUCAUUCCUGCAGCAUGGAUGAGUUUGAUAGAAAUUGCGGUUGUCCUUUUACUAGUUCCUCUGAUGGAGAGAAUAGUAUACCCAAUGCUCACUCAGUCCAACAUUUAUGUACCACGUCUGUGGAGAGUCGCGUUUGGAAUGCUUCUUAUUGCAGGAUCAUCAGGAAUGGCUGGUUAUGUAGAAAUUUCCAAAGCAGAGUAUUUCCUGAAGAAUGGUUAUAUUAAUCAAACAACUAGCUGCCGCGUCUACAAGGUUGUGGAUGGUUUUUCCAUUUUUAAUCAGUUACCUCAAUAUGUACUUCUUGGGAUAAGUGAGGUGUUCACUAGUAUGUCUGGUCUGGAGCUCGUUUAUGCCGCGUGUCCGACCACGCCCCAGAGUGUAACAGCAGGGCUCUAUAACCUAAUGAUCAGCAUAGGAGGUGUUUUUAGCGUCAUUAUAUUAGGAAUAACUUCUUACUACGACUGGUAUUCAUUACACAUUGGAGAUGACACCGAAUACCUCCAGAACAACAAAACUGCAUAUUAUUACUGGUUGUUAAGUGGUAUUGUACUUCUUGGUGUUUUUAUAUUGGUUGCCAUAGGUUACUGUCAUGAUAUCGGGCUACGACAGCCUCAUCAUCAUCAUCAUCGCCAAUCAUCAUACACGAUGGAAACUGAUAGGGAUUCCAUUGCAGAUCGAAGAAACUUGUCCUCAGCUGAAAAAAGAAUUUAUCCCGAGAUAUCUUAGCACAGACACACAUUAAAAGAUUUUUGCCAAAGGCUUUUAUAUCUUUCUUUGAACGCGUACUUGAGCCAGACCGUCACUGAUAUUAAACAAAUUCCACACCAAUGUAUGACUCUAAAAAUUAUAUUUUCAGUGAUUUCUAUGUUCUCCUGAAGUUCAGCUGUACACACAGCGUUUUUUUAACAGAAUUCAAUUGUAAAUAGUUGGGAAAUUAAUGAUCAAAACUUUUACUACCUGCAGAAUAUUAUGCCAGCUUUGGUUACCAACAUUCAACGUUGAUUAUUGCAUCAUCAAGAGCUAAAGGGUGUCUUCUGUCUCAUUUACAGAAGGAACUACAAUAAUAAUGUGAAAUAUUGAAAGCAAUCUACUAGAGCAAAUAAAAGUUGAGCGUUUCCUCAAAACAUCCCUGUGAUAGA